AUGCCAGCCCCGCCCACGCCCACGCCCGCCGCGACACACUCCAAGGUGGACCUACUCAUCAUCGGGGCGGGACCCGCGGGUCUGAUGGCAGCCAACUGGGCCGUAUCGCUGGGCUGCCGCAGCGUGCGCGUGGUAGACAAGCGCAACACCAAGAUCUUUACGGGCCAAGCCGACGGACUACAGUGUCGCACACUCGAGGUGCUGCACUCGUUUGGCAUGGCCCAGGACAUAGUGCGGCAGUCGAACCACAUGCUCGAAGUGUGUUUCUGGAACCCCGUCGACGGCACCCUGCGCCGUACGGGUCGCAUCCCGGAUACCAUCCCCGGAAUCAGUCGGUGGCAGCAGGUCGUGCUUCACCAGGGUCGCAUCGAGAGGGCGUUCCUGGAUCGCAUCCACGCCCAGUCGCACGGAGAGGUCCAAGUGGAGAGGGCAAAGCUGCCAGAGCGCCUCGACGUCGAUACCGACUUGGUCGAGUCGACCCAUCCCGACGUCUACCCCGUCCGCGUGCAGGUGCGCCAGCUGAGCGAGGAUGAGGCCACGCCCAGCCAGAUGGGAAAGAGCACGCCCAACGGCCUCUUUCGCAGCGCCCUCGCCCCCGACGACACCCCCGAGCUCCUCUCAUCCUCCUCCUCGUCCGUAAGCGGCACCAAGGCCGGCGCCGUCGGGUCGCGCCAAGUCAUCCACGCAAAGUACGUCAUCGGGUGCGAUGGCGCCCAUUCGUGGACGCGCAAGCAGAUGGGCAUCGACAUGGCCGGCGAGCAGACCGACUACAUCUGGGGCGUCCUCGACGCCGUGCCCGUCACCGACUUUCCGGACAUCCGCAUGCGCUGCGCCAUCCACUCGGCCAACGACGGCUCCGUCAUGAUUAUCCCGCGCGAAGACGGCCUGGUGCGCUUCUACAUCCAGAUCAGCUCGACGUCCGACGGCGCUGCCGACGCCGCAACCAAGGUGGACCGCCACAAUAUCACGUGGCAGCGCAUCCUCAAGGCGGCUCAGACCAUCAUCAAGCCCUACCGCCUCGAGAUUAGCGAGCGCGACCUCCACUGGUGGACGGCCUACCAGAUCGGCCAGCGCGUCGCCUCGGGCUUUUCGCUCCACGACCGCGUCUUCAUCGCCGGCGACGCCUGCCACACCCACAGCCCAAAGGCGGGCCAGGGCAUGAACGUCAGCAUGAUGGACACCUACAACCUCGUCUGGAAGGUGGCCAAGGUGCUGCAGCGCCAGUCGCCCCGCUCCAUCCUGCCCACCUACCAGGCCGAGCGCCGCCGCGUCGCCCAGGAGCUCAUCGCCUUCGACCACCGCUUCUCGCGCCUGUUUAGCGGCAAGCCCCAGGCGGCCGAGGACGCCGCGAGGGAGGCCGGCGUCGACCUGGCCGAGUUCCGCAACGUCUUCGCAAAGGGCAACCGCUUCGCCUCGGGCACCGCCGUCGAGUACGGUCCCAGCCUCCUCGUCGGCCGCGGUGGGGACGCGACAGAGCUCGGCGACGGCACCGACGUCGUGGGUCCGGGCGCCCUGUCGCGGCCCGAGCUCAGCGCCGAGGGAUGCGGCGAGUCGCGCAUCGUCGUCGGCCAGCGCCUCAACACGGCCCAGGUCGUGUGCGUCGCGGAUGCGCGGCCGUGGCAGCUGGUCGACUGGCUCCCCUCGGACGGGCGCUGGCGCCUCCUCCUCUUCUGCGGCAACCUCGUCGACGCCGCGCAGCGCCCGCGCAUCGAGGCCUUUGCACGCUACCUCGAAACGCAGCUCCUCCCGCGCUACACGCCGGCGCGCCACGACGUCGAUUCGGUCAUCGACUGCCUCACCAUCUCGUCGACGCCCCGCACCGCCUGCGAGCUGUCCGACUACCCCGCCAUCCUGCACCCCCUGACGACCAAGUGGCACCGUCCCGGAUCCGCCAGUGCCGCCGCCGGCGACGUCGGCGAGGCCCGCGCAAAGUCGCAGGACUACUGGAAGAUCUUCUGCGACGACGAGAGCUACCACGCCGGCCAUGGCCGUGCGUACGAAAAGUACGGCAUCGAUGCGCAGCGCGGCGCCGUCGUCGUCGCCCGCCCCGAUGGCUACGUGUCGCUGCUCGUGGCCCUCGACGACGUGGACCGCAUCGACGCCUUUUUCGACAAGUGCAUGCUGCCCGCCGAGAUGCACCUGCCCUUUGCUUCCAGGGACAAGCCGAGCGGCGCCGUCGAUGGGGCUGAGACGAAGGGCGUCCCGCCUGUUCCGUCAAAGGAAGCGGGAGAGGUGGCACAGGCCCUGUAG